UUGCUCUUCCGCUGCCCGUCACCCGGACCUCCCCGGUGUCUGAGCCCCGCCGUGGGGGACGCCGGGAGAUGUAGUCCUUGCGGGCAGCACGCUGCUCUGUGUUGUUUUGAACCCGGAGAGCUUUAUUGUUCGCGGACAGAAGAGGAGAGGAGGAUGGCCGAGAGCCGGAUGGCCGAGAGCCGGCUGGUGGUUCUACCUCAGUCCCGGAUCCGGGUCAUUAUGAAGAGCUCGCCCGAUGUGUCCAGCAUCAACCCGGAUGCCCUCCUCCUCACCACCAAGGCCACGGAGCUCUUUGUGAAAUACCUGGCAUCAUAUUCCUAUAAACACGGCACGGGUAAUAAAGACAACACGCUAGCGUAUGACGACUUGUCCGACACAGCUGAGAAUAGCGACAUCUUCGGAUUUCUCUCUGGUAGGUGGAUGCCAUUAACGUUCAUUCCACUAUUGUUCAACCAAGUGUGUUUAUUUUAG